AUAGUUUCUACACGACAAGCGGAUUAUGUGAACACCAACGAACUUGCGAGGUCAUGGGGUUCUUGAACAUAUCAUCUGGUUAACUUUCACGUCGUUUUUAUGUAGGUGCUGCUUACAACUCCAACUACUCCCUCGGAACGAAUGAAGGCAAUUGUUGAAGCUGCGGAAGGAUUCGUAUACCUUGUGAGCUCUGUUGGGGUCACCGGUGCCCGAUCAUCAGUAAGUUCACGUGUUGCAUCUCUCUUACAAGAAAUCAAAGAGGCAUCAAACAAACCUGUUGCUGUAGGAUUUGGCAUAUCGGAACCCGACCAUGUGAAGCAGAUAGCGAGUUGGGGAGCAGACGGCGUGAUUGUUGGAAGUGCACUGGUGAGGAUUUUAGGAGAGGCAAAAUCCCCUGAAGAAGGCUUGAAGAAGCUAGAAUCCUUCACUAAGUCUCUCAAAGCUGCACUCUGAGCACAUCCGUGGAGAAGUUGUAAUAUCUUAUAGCAUCUGUUUUCUGUUAUUUGAAACGGCAGCAAGUUGUCGCUUGACUUUCUGGCAUAAUGUAGGUCACAACUUGAGGUGUUUCCUUCUGAUGCCUGGUGACUGAAUAUUGCAAGGAAGAAAGAAAAGAAGAAAAAAAUGUGUUAUGCUUCUUGGUUGUUUCAGAAUUGUUUUUUCAAAGUUUCCCUUGAGUCGUCUUAGUAUCCCUACU